AUAUGAUUGGUUCUUACACUUAGAUUCAACAAAGAACUAAAGGCAAGAACCAAUCAUAUUAAAUAAUCACUAAGUGUUGACUGAUUAGUUUCUUCUGCUGAACACAGCCAAACUUUCUUCGUUCAUAGCAAUUCAUAUAAACAAAAAUUCGCAGAUUUUUAGUUGACGUUGAUUUUAAUUUUUCUUCAGAAAAAUGUCACAAGAUGAGGAAAUAGAUUCGCAAGCAAGUCAGUGGUACGGAGUACGAGAAGCCACAUUAUUUCUCGUCGAUUGUACAGAGAAAAUGUUUAUGCAUUCAUCUGAUGAUAAAAAAAUCACUUACAUCGAAAAGUUUUUCAAGCUAUACAAACAAAUUCUUCGACAAAAGUUAGCAUGGAGUAUGCAAGAUUGGAUGGGCAUGGUACUAUUUGGUACAGAAAAGAGUGACUCAAAUUUACCAUGGACAAACAUUCAGACUCUGCAAGAACUCAGAGUUGUUACUUUGGAUGAUUUACAACAGAUUAGAAAACUAACUAAAAGUGGCAUGAAGGAUUAUGAAAGUAUGAAAUUAAAAAAUAAUGCUCUGCUUCUUGAUGUAUUGACAUAUGCCACGGAUAUCUUCUUGAAAAUAAAAACAGUCCUCACUAAACGUAGAAUAGUUCUGAUCACUUGUUAUAACCCCGACUAUUUGGACGACGAAAAGCAUCGCAUCAGAGCAAAGGCGAAAUCUUUAAAGGAGUUGGACAUCAAUUUACACGUGAUCGAUUUGAGAAAUAAUUGGCCGCUUGACGAGUUCUAUAAAGAUUUAGAAAUGCUGUCAAGAAAGAUAGAGAUAGGUUACAGAAGGACGUCACUUGUUGACUUGGUACAACAGAUUAAAGCACCAUCUAAAAAUAUUGCACGCUUAUCCUUUCAGAUAUGCGAUGGUUUAGAGAUUGAUUUAGUGGUGCGUACUCUGGGCAGAAAACGUAGAUGUUUGCAAACAAAGCCAUUAAGCAAAGCGACUAAUCAAGUUUUAUCCAGAUCAACCUAUUUCAAGGGUACCAAUUUUUUCAUUGAUGAGGAAGACAGUGACAACGAGGAAUCUGAUUUACCUUUUAUGAUACCAGAGGAAGUUAACUUGGAAACUAAGGAAUUGAUCGGUGGUAAGAAGCUGCGUUUCAUGCGAAAGGAACUCUUGCGGAUAAAGCAUUUAUAUCCACCAGCUAUCAAAAUAAUUGGUGUAAGGCCUAUACCCAGUGAUCUUUUCAGAUAUCAUGUUAAACGGAAGUACUUUGUUAGAGCGGAUUAUGGUAGUACUCGUCAAGAUAAUCUAUUAUUCUUCAGCGCUUUAUUAAAUAAAUGUGCGACUAAAAGUAAAAUGAUAGUAUGCGCGUUCACAAUGCGGUUGAAUACACAAACUAAUCUCUGCUACAUGAUUCCGAACGCUGAAUUGGGCGGCUUUUAUUUAUCGAAAGUCGCAUUUCAAGGGAACAUAGGAGAUAAGAGCGAAGCGUUACUACAUUAUGACACGCAGAAUUCUGUAUCUGACAAGGAAGUUGAUCUGUGGAAAAAAACGAUCGACCGACUCGAUAUGAACUAUCAUCCGUAUAAUUUCAAAUCUUAUAAACUGGAGUGUCAGAUACAAAUAGUGGAGAAGUUAGCUCUGGACAAAGAACCUGGCCCUCCACCGAUUGAUUCUAUCGAGAAAUCAUAUUUAAUGGCUAAACAGAAAACAAGUAAUUUAAUAUCUGAAUUUUAUAAUAUGUAUCCUGAUUUACAAUUUAUCAAUGACGGUCCGACAAAAGCAAAAAAGCCUAGAAAAAAGUAG